AUGAAGCCUCCGACCCUCUUAUGCGCCAUACGAGCUUUCAGUCGCCUUCCACGCUCGAAACCCCUCUGCACGCAUCUAACCGCCGUCCGCUUCGUCCAGACACCCUCUCCCUCCCCUCCACCGCGGCAUUUCUCAACAACACCGCUCCGUCCAUCCACCUACACCCCGUCUCCAUCUUCAUCUCCCUCUCCCUCUCCCCUCUCCCUCUCCCUCCUCCUCAGCGAAACCCAGAAAACUCCACGCGCCACCCCCUCCGACAUCCCCAACGGCUGCAGCACUACCGCGGCCCCCCAAGCCCGAGUACGAAAUAACAUUCACCUGCACGCCCUGCGGUGCGCGAAGUACCCACCUCAUCAGCAAGCAAGGUUACCACCGCGGGAGCGUGCUGGUGACAUGUCCCGGAUCUUUGGCGACAAGCACAUGACGAUCGAAGACCUGAUGCGCGAGCAGGGCCAGCUUGUGAAGAAGGGCACGCUGAGCGAUGAUGGGGAUCUGGAGUUCUGGGCUGACGGGACGACGACGGCGAGGGGAUCCGGGUCGGGGACGGGCGGGGAGGAGGGAGAGAAGCGGGACUGA